UUGGUCACCGGCUAUUUCAAGUUAAAAUUAGCUUUCUGAUCUUAAUUUAAGGUCCGGUUUGGGCAUACGUUUAGCAGUGUGGUUAAGGUUAAGCCAUUUUAGAAAUAGGCGGGGUUUGACCAUAAUUAAGUCUUUGUGGCUUUUGUAGGCUAACUAGUGACGACCGCUAUUUCAGUCAGACCCGUCAGUGGUUGAACUCUGACCGCACACGAUAAAGACCGUAGUAGAGGGAUACCAGCGCAGGAGAGGGAUAUGUUCGUCUGAUCUGCCGAUGUUCUGCUGAAAAUGAUCACUGAGAGCCAGGUGUGAGAAGUCGUUGCCAUGGGGAAGGACUACUAUAAGAUGCUGGGUAUUCCUAAGGGUUCUAACGAGGAGGAGAUCAAGAAGGCAUAUCGCCGCAUGGCGCUGAAGUUCCACCCAGACAAGAACACAGACACUAAUGCAGAGGAUAAAUUUAAAGAGAUCGCUGAGGCCUAUGAAGUUCUGAGUGACCCCAAGAAGAGGGUCAUUUAUGACCAGCUAGGAGAGGAGGGUCUGAAGGCGGGGGGCAGUAGUGGUCAGUCUGGGGUUCCUGGUGGGUCAUACCACUACACCUUCCAUGGGGACCCCCACGCCACCUUCGCAUCCUUCUUUGGCGGCUCCAACCCCUUCGACAUGUUCUUCGGACCGCACCGCAACCACCACAAUCGCUCCAACGGCUUCCACUCCAAGGUCCACAACCACCACAAUGAUCAUGACAUGGAAACCGACUUGGAUGAGGAUGACCCCUUCGCCUCUUUCACACACUUCGGCUUCCCCGGGGGGGUCAACGGCUUCCCUGGCCAUGGCGGGGGCAGGAGGAGGGGAGUGAAGUCUGAACGUCUGGCAGGUUCCAGGAGGCAGCAGGACCCCCCGGUGAUCCAUGAGCUGAAGGUGUCUCUGGAGGAGAUCUUCCAUGGUUGCACCAAGCGAAUGAAGAUCACCAGGAAGAGGCUGAACCCCGAUGGCAGGAGCAGCCGGACGGAGGAUAAGAUCCUGAACAUCGUGAUAAAAAGGGGAUGGAAGGAGGGCACCAAGAUCACCUUCCCUAAGGAGGGGGAUGAGACACCAGAGAACAUUCCAGCAGACAUCGCCUUUGUGCUCAAAGACAAAGGACAUGCCCACUUUAGGAGGGACAGCUCCAAUAUCGUCUACACCUGCAAUAUCAGUCUGAAGGAGGCGCUGUGUGGCUGUACGGUGAACAUUCCCACCCUAGAUAACCGUGUCAUCCCGCUACCCUGCCAUGAUGUCAUAAAGCCAGGGACGGUAAAGAGGCUGAGGGGGGAGGGCCUGCCCCUCCCUAAGAGCCCCACCCAGCGCGGCGACCUCAUAGUGGAGUUCACGGUUCGCUUCCCAGACAGGAUCCCUCCCCAGUCCAGAGAGAUCAUCAGACAACACCUGCCCCAGUCUUAGGACAACACCUCGCCCACGGACAAUUAUAUUUUGAAGGGAAAGUUUGAUUUAUUUUCUAGGAAUGACUGAAGUGCCAAGAGGAACUGCAGUGUAAGGUUGUUUUUAUUAAUGUUUUUAUCUUUCUGCCCAAGCACACACACGGACAUGGUGGAGUGAUACGGAGGAAUGGCUCGGCUCAGCGCAGCUUUGGCUUUUACCAGAACUUUUCUCCCCCUACAGAUUUAUCAAGGGUUUUAUACAUCCCCCUUCCUUUCCUCCUCUUCUUAUGGAUGGGAUGACAGGAACACUUUAUUUGAAAGAGAGAAGAUUGUCUAGGAUUUUCCAGAGGAAAGUUGAAAGUGGAUUAUUUUGUUUAUCUACAUCCAACCAGCAGCUUUAGUCUGUGCUCCCCUAUUUUACCCCAAUAAUCUGUUUCAAAUGUUUUAAUAAAGCAUCAUGUAUGAACUGUG